AUGCAAUUUGAAUCUGUUAAAGUUAGAACUGUUCUAUUGGUCUCUCAGAUACCUGGAUGCAUACUGGCAGCAAUUCUAGGAAUUCUGGUUGAUGUUCAUGUCAUCACCGUAAUAGUUCUGUUAAAAGCACCUUUGAUGCUGUUGAAAGGCUGGCACCGGCUAAUACAAGAUCUUAUAGGGAGGGAAGGCCCAUUUUUGGAGACUGUAUGUGUUCCCUUUGCAGCCCUUUGGAUUCUGUUGUGGCCUAUCAUGGUUCUCCUGGCAAUUGCAGCAGGCAUAAUAUCAGGUCUUGGUUUUGGCUGUUAUGCUGCCGUUGUUGCGUACCAGGAGAAUUCUACUAAGAGGGGAUUGCUUUAUGUAAUUGCUUCUGCUUCAAUAUUUGAUGAAUACACCAAUGAUUUACUUUACUUGCGAGAAGGUUCCUGCUUCCCCAGGCCCAGAUAUCGAAAAGGGGCUGUUUCCGGUUCUUCACUGCUUCCUGUGAAGGGACUGCAUGGACGGCUUGAAGCUGCUUACAUUGGUGAAACAUUAGCAACAAGUCCUGCAGAUAAAGCCAACACAUUGAAGGCUGCAACGAUAUGGGAUAACUUCUUCAAAACAUUUGGAGAUAUAGGGAAAGAGCUCCUCAUAAUGGAAGCCAUUGGAAUACCAGAUCUGGAUGCCUGGGCAGACUCGAAAUCAAAGAUCGUCAACAUUGGAAUUCCAGCAUAUGCAUUUCUUGAAUGCUUUCUCCGCUCUAUCAAGCAUGGCUCCCAUGGUGUUAUCCUGCGUGACAAUGUUGAGCUAACAAGAUUGAAUAGACCAGAAGGACGAAUUUUUGAUUGGCUCUAUGAGCCAAUGUGCAUCAUGAAGGAGCAAAUCAUGAGUCUAAAAUUAGAUGAAUCUGAUGAGACGUACUUUUACAAACACUGCUUGUAUGGUGGUGACGCAGAAAGAAUCAAAUCUUGGCGGAACGGCGGCACUCCGCCAUCGGACGAGAUCAAAAGAGCUCAGUUGGAGGGAAUUAGUAGAAGGUUGCAAGGUUUCUGCUUGACGCUGUCAAGGUUGCCAACAUCAAGACGCCGCUUCUGCGAAGUUGUGAAGGCUAUUGAGCAGGAAGCAAAGAACUGUAGCAACCUAUCCGGUGGAGAUGACUUGGAGGCUGCUAGAUAG